CUCUCCAAAUCCCUGGAACACCUCCUGGCCCUGGCUGGGGAGCGAUUCCUUCGGGUGGAGCUGAUGAGUGAGGCUGCCAAGGCCGGAGCAUCCCAGACCUGCUGCGUGUCCAAAUGCACAAACAUGUUGGAUCCCAGCUCCAGGCUGGUUGUGAGGAAGCUCCCGUUGACUCACAGCAACGGCAGCCGCGAUCCCGGGGGAUUCCUGUGCCAGCCUUGCACCCGGCAGCGCUUCGGCUCCCUGGCUCCACUCACCUCCUUCCCAGCGCUCCAGGAACAGCCCUGCCAGCUCUAGGGAAGUCCUCCCAGCUUCCCAAAGCCCGUUGGUGCAUCCCAGCUCAGGAAUCUGGUGGAUAUUGGAGUGGGAUUUGGGUGGAUAUUGGAAUGGGAUUCCAGCCCGGCUCCGGAGGAACCCCGUAGGCUCUGGGAGACCUUCCCUGCAGCCCUGCCUUGCCUUCCAGGAGCUGGGAAGCAGAAUAUCCCAAAGAAUGUGCACUUUAAGAACUGGAUCAGCAUUAAUUUUGGAGCAUUAUCCCUGUGUACCUCUGUCACAGCGACCAAACUUCCCUGGAUGUCCCUCCCUCCUCCCUGACGUCAGCGCUCCGUGAAAUCCCUCUGAUCCGCUGGAAGAGGAGGAAAUGCAACCCUGGAAAGCUCCCAAAGGAACAGGCUAUUUCUGGGAAAUGGACUUUCCCUGGCCAGCAAUGGGAGGAAAUCAUUAAUCCCUCCCAGGAAAUGAUUCCCCUUCCUGGCAGCCAAGGGCUUUCCCAGACUUUGCUUCCCUUUUCCCAGGACCAAACCGUGAGGGAAGAACUGCUCUGGUUUGACCCGGAGACAAACUGGAGAGAGUUUUGAAUCCUAAAACUCCAUUUAUAACCAAAAAAAAAAAAAAAAGCCUUAAAACUUCCUCGUUUUCCUCUUCUUUAACAAGUGCUUUGGCUGCAUUGAAUUCCAGCUCUUGGGAAAAUCCUGGUGGAUCGUGCUCCGUUGUGCCGCGAUUCCGGAGCCUGUGCCAUGGAAGAGCGAAACCGAAAGUGGUUCCGGAAGGGAUCUGCCCUUGGAUCCAGGCCCGGAGCUGGAGGAGCCUCAUGCAUCCUGUUAUUCCCAUGGGAGCUGCUGGAAGGGCUUGACUCCAGGAGCGCAUUCCCUGCUCCGCUCACCCUGGGGGCAGGAAUUCCUAGGGCAGG